UUUGUAAAUUUUGUAAUAGCCCAAAACAAAUUCUUUAUUUAAUUAUUCUAACGAAAAAUAAUAUUAUGCGAAAAAUGUGUGGUUAUAUUUUGAAAUACAUUGCUUUUUAAGCUCCUCGGCGCACAAAGUCAACUAACAACAUAUAAAUCUGUAAUUACCUCUUUACCUACAAAAUUUUAGAUUAGUAAAUUUGGUGGUUUAUUCAACAUGUCCAGCAAUUGGGGGUUCUGCGAUUUAUCAAUUAGUAAAAACUACGAUAUCGACAAAUUACAUAUAAUUGAGAAACUUGGUUUUAACACGAUAGCAAUAAACACAUGCUUGGAAGAAGGAAGCGAUGAACCUAAAAAGAAGAAAAAGAAAGGAGACACUAGAGAGAUUAAAGAUUUCGUUCCUCCACCGAUGGAUUUACCAAAAGAUAACAAUUUUCAAACAAAACUUAACAUACUGCAAAGGAUUACUAUAGAAUUUUCAGAUUCUGGAAUCGUUCAUAAAUUAAAUCGCUCUGAAAAUAUAAAAAAAUAUGAUAUUAUAGCUGUUAUACCAAAAACAUUACAAGCAUUUCAGUAUGCUUGUAGUUCUAUGGAUAUCGAUAUUAUUAGUUUCGAAACUGAAGGAAGAAUACCCUUUAAAGUACAUCGUAAACUUUAUAAACAAGCUGUAGACAGGGGUAUAUUUUUUGAAAUAAUGUACUCCCCUAUUAUUAGAGAUUCCACAGCCCGAAAGAAUAUAAUAAGCAAUGCCCAUGUUUACCACACUGUGGGGAAAUCAAAGAAUAUAAUCCUCACAAGUGGAGCUGACAAUCACAUGCAUAUCCGUAGUGUAAAUGAUAUUAUAAAUUUGGGAUUUCUGCUUGGCCUCAAUCACAACGAGAGCUUAGAAGUUGUACGCAACAAUACACGAAGAUUGAUUUUGAAAACUGAAGGGAGAAAAUGCGGUAAACAUUACAUGUCAUUCAGUCCUAUAGAAAAUAAAAUUAAUGAAGAUUA